GAUUGGGUUAGUAUGUGGACAAGGAAGAAAUUAUAGAAGAUUACGUUCAACCGAGUUGGAUGAUUAUCCUCGAUUCAAAUUUCCAAAAUUUAGGGAGAGAUACGAUAUCGGAGAUAGACAGUAACACAUCGUUUACAUUUAAUUCACUUCAAAUUUGGUGCAAUUCCACACAAAGCUCUCCAUAUUCAAAUAAUGAAUUCUCGGAACCAAAACAAUCCGUCUGAUCCUCGCAGUCCUGUGAAUAAUAAUCAAGCCAUCGAUGAUGCUUUUAUUGAUAAGCUCUGGGAAAUUGAAAUUGGUUGGAUGAUGGCCUCAACAACUGCAAGUGGAUGCAGGGAAACACUUGCUUCAAGAAACAAUCAAAAUGAUUUUACUGUAGCACCCUCUGAAACUCAGGUUUCUGAGUGGGAAAUUGUUGAAUGUACAAAGGAGGAGGAGGUCGAUGUGCUAUUGAAUGAUAAGUUUAAAGGGAAAAAGUUUGAUUCAAAGGGAAAACAUGAGUGGAUGAGAGAGUAUAUUAAACAGCUCAAGGUUUGUAUAAAAUGGUUUCAAGAGAAUCUUGAAGAUCCUGUUAAAGAAAAGGAUCACUUGCGUACAUUGCUGGAUUCUUCAGAAAGUAAACGUGUGGAAGCAGAGGCUGCAAUUAAACUUAAGGAGGAAGAGUUGAACUCAACUAUUAUCAAAUGGGAAAACAAGAUAUCUUCUUUAAGAAAAAGUUUGUCAAAUGAAGAGUCACAGAAGCUAAAUGCCAUUGAUUUUCACAAUAAAGAAAAAGAAGCUAGGAUGGCUUUAGAAAAGAAUCAAGAUUCUCUAAAUGAGAAACUUUUAAAGGCUGAACAGAAUGCAUCGAUUGCUAAUGAGAAGGUGAAAACACAAGAAAAUAUGUACAAGAGGUUGCAAAAUGAACUCACUUCUGCUAAAGAUUCACGAGAUGAUGCAGUGAAACAAAAAGAAAUUGCUGUAAAAGAGGUGGCUAUCCUCAGAGAUGAAUUGACUCAACUAAGGGAAGAUCGUGAACGCCACCUGUCACAAUUACAGGAGUUAGGUUCUGAAAUUGUAAGAUAUAGAUACAGAGAAAAGGAAAGAGAAAGAACAGGGCACACUGCUGCUGCUGAGUGUAGUAUAUUGAGGUUAAAAUCGAUUGCUAUGGAGAAGACUUGUUCCUCUCAAAGAGAGCAAAUAUCUUUGCUCCAACAUCAGUUAGAUGCCGCAAAUAAAAAAAUAAAGGAGCUAAAAGGGAAGAACAUAAUGUAUCAAUAAGAGAGACACCGUGGAACAUGGUUUUUGAUUUGGGUUAAUGUCGUAAAUGGGUUGACAACUAACAAACUAUUUUUUCUUUUACAAAACGUUAUUGUUUUAAAAAGGUUACCAUAAGAAGGGAAGCAAGCGAAACCAUAAAAAAACUAUAAAUAAGUGUAUUUUGUGAACAUAAAGUUUGAGUUUCUUACAUUCUGAUAAUAUAUGUGAAAAAUACAAAUAGUUUAUAUACCCAUUUGUGACUAUUUGCAAUUCUAUCCAAACCAUAAUUAUUAAAAUGAAGAUAUAAGUCAUAUAUAUAUAAUAGUAGAUUCUAUGUCAUGCAAUCCAAUGGAAUAAAAGAAAUGCUACAAAAGUCAGAAGUAAAAGUAAAAUACUCGUACCUGAGCUGAGCUGAUUGGUGUCUUGGUGUUAGAGUCAAUCCUGAAUCGUUGGCAUAGAACUAUACCACAAACCACAACUCACUCCCAACAUCUCCCACCCAGUCCGAUUCAAUACAAACCUUUGAUAAAUCAUUAGAAGCUUCUCCAAACACUUUUCACAAUCAAACUUGCUCAAAUCUCGACUACACUGACCCAACCCGUAUCUCUUCCCAUCAUUCCCAACAUCAAUAACACCAAUAUCAAACAUCAAUGCUUGAUUAGAAACAUUCCUUCCUAAUGCUUCCAUCAUCGAAAACCCUCUUGAAAACACUGAAGCUUCAUCAAGUGUGUUUCUACCAUAGCCGGAUGAUGAAGACCUGUUCCAAAGUUCACCAAAGAAACUCUCGUUUGAGAACCUUAAACUACACAAACUCGACCAUAUCACCAAGCCUUUGCUUUCGGGACAAUAUCUUAGAGGUACACGAAUGGUUUCGUUCAAACACUUGGAGCAUGUGGUAGGAGAAACAUCUGCUCGACACCAUGCAAGACCAUAAACUUGAUUAGAACCAGUUCCAAUGGUGGUAUUCAUGAAUCCUCCUUGAAGAGGUGAGUUGUUGGCUAGUGAAUCUAAAAGGGUUUUAAGGUUUGUUUGGUAGAUGGUAUUAUAAUUACCAGUUGUGUUCCUUGUUUGUGAGCAUUUAGAACCCAAAUGGAAAAUUUUACCGUUUACAUGAACAAACCCUGUCAUG